AUGAGGACGUCGGCGAGGACCGCUGGCGGCGGUGGGCGGAAUCGUCACGCCAUGCCUCCGAGCAGCGGUCAUGAGAAGUUGAGGAGGCAUCCGGCGGCGGGGAGUAGGGAGGUGUUGAGGAGGGCCUUGAUGCCGGCUAGCCGGCGGCCCAGCCUCCGGCGGUGGAAUAAUUUCCGGCCGACUCCUAGUCGCCUUUGUAACAUGUCCAUGGCCGCGGAAUCAAUGUAA